ACGAAUAUCUACGGCUAUUCUUUUUCUCAACGGAAAACGUUAAAUCAAAACCCAAAUCGGGAGACGGCGAACCCUCAUGACUCAAGAGUCAAGCCUGAAGAUCAAGAAGAGGAUUGCUGUCGGAUGGCUCUAACAAUUUCUGUUUUGCCUUCUGCUUACACUCACAAAAACCCACCAAUCUUUCACCAGGAAUUGCUUGUGUACCCAUGUCCUAUAAACACCAGCCAAAGGCGCUCCAAAUUGGGUCCAACUCCGAUCCUGUGCACAGCAAAACCCAGCAGCAAAGACCUGAAAACAUGCAAGAAUUGCAAAACUCAAUUCGACCCUUUGCUCAAUCACCCUCGGGCUUGCCGUUUCCACACUGCCCAUUUUGGAGGGGAAACGAAGAGGAAAUUUGAGAGUGUGUACACUGGGGGCACCAUGAAUACUCCUGAGUCCGGCAAAGUUUUUCAAUAUUGGCAUUGUUGUGGAUCUGAAGAUCCUUUUGAUCCUGGAUGUACUGCUGCUCCUCACGCCUCCUAUGAUGACUAAUGGUUGACUAUCUUCCAUUACUAAUGCCAGGGGUUGUGUUCAUUUUGGCCUCUGAAAUCUGGAGUCGUCAGCAUCCCACGGAACCCUUUGCGAGAAGAAGACUGGAUUAGUGAUUGAUUGGUCAUUCAAGUAGGAGUGAACAUUUGGUUGGUUUGGUUUUAAAAAAAUGAAAAAUCAAAUUAAAGGUAUUCCAGAUGAAAUAUGUUUUAAGGUCUGUUUUUGAAGAAAGAUGCAAACAACAGAUAUCUUA